AUGUCGCGUUACUACAUCACCGAACUCUAUGGCGGAAGCUUCGUCCAGACAUUUCCUACAAUCAGUAAGGAGAGGGUCGAUAUGCACGGAGUCAAUGAUUUCAUGAUGCUUCCAAUUGUCUACCAUCCUCAUGCUCCUCAGAAUCCCGGUGAUCCUGGCCUGUUUUAUAUGCAGAGCGCGAGGGUAUUUGAAUGGAAGGAGGUGCGACGUGUAUUUGUGGCAUUACGCCCUGGAGUCUGGUCACAUGUCGGCUUCUACAAGAUGUUCCCAUCGGAGCCACUUACAGCUGACGAAUUCCAAAGACAAGAUGGAAAGGUAAAGAGAACAUGGGCGGAACAAAUUCUUCUUAAAGGUUGGGGAGAAGACAUCCGACUACGUGUUUGGUGGCGACAGCGCAACGACGAAGAACUUUCAGAUGAAGAGAUCGAUGUUAUGAUCUCGGACAAAGACAUCAUGAAGACUGUAAAGGAACAAGUUAAAGACAUUUCAGCUGCGUAUGAACGAGGCGAAGAGCAAAUCGGAGUCUGGUGCAUGAAGUGUGUCGGCUAUGAUGCAAAAUUCCAGCGUAUCCUCGUGAACAACUAUGACAACUUCAUACCACCGUCCCAGAAGAACAAAGAUCGCAAGAAAAAAGUGUCGGCGAAACCCAAAGGAGGGAAAGGGAAGGCGAAGAUCCCGUCGUCGGAAGCAUCAUAUUCGAGAGCGGCCUCUAAGCGCAAGCGGGCCCAGACAGAGGCGGAAUCAUCUGACGAGGAGGCUACCGAUGAAGAUAUGGCACGACAGGCACCAGGUCCCGCCCACAACGGGCGAGCAGAGUUUAAGAUGGGACCUUUCUACUGCUCCAUCUCUCCUCUAAGGUCGGAGUUGUGUUACUUCACACUCUAUGACUGGGCAGCUUCGCAGUACAAAUUGAGAUCGCAAGUUUUGUACAAUGUGCCGUCGCUGGUCCUCGCUAUCUGCUCCAGACCUAUGUCUCGUGGCUUCACGCUCGGGCCCCACUCAGGUGCGGAGAAAUACAAUCCAGCAGACCAGGAGCUGUCGCACAGCUAUAACUUACGGGUGCUCCUUCACGAAUACAAGCAACUGACGCCCGAGCAGGUCGACUUCUUCCUGGAGAACGGCUAUGUGGUGAUCAAGCAGGGCUUCACGAAGGAGAAGGCUACCGAGUUCACCAAGACGAUGUGGGUCCGUCUUGCGCUCGACCCGAACGACAAGUCGACCUGGGACCGCGAGCGCAUCCACAUGCCGUGGCACAGUCGCCAGCCAGUCGCAUCCUUCGCACCCAAAGUGUGGGAAGCGAUGCAGGACCUGCUGGGUGGGGCCGAACGCAUCGACGAGCCAAGCGGGUCGUGGGGGGACAGCUUCAUCGUAAACUUCGGCACGCCGGAGCUGGAGGGCCCCGACAAGUACGUCGACCCGCACGACCUCGACAACUGGCACGUCGACGGAGACUUCUUCGUACACUACCUCGAUUCUCCAGAGCAGGCGCUGCUCGUGAUCCCCCUUUUCUCUGACAUCAAGCCGCGCGGCGGCGGCACGUUCAUUUCGCCCGAUGCGAUUGACAUGAUCGCCAAGUACCUAUCGCAGCACCCUGAGGGCGUCCUGCCCACCGGGCUCUCGUUCACGCCGUCGACGAGCACCUACGAGGAGCCGAAGGACGACCCCGGCUACUGGUCGCACCCCGAAGAGGUGAAGAAGUGCAAGCGCUUUGUGGAGAUGACCGGCGAGAUCGGCGACGUUGUGCUCAUGCACCCGCUCAUGCUGCACUCCGCGUCGAAGAACCACCUCCGCGAGGUGCGCAUCAUUACGAACCCGCCUGUGUCGCUCAGGAAACCGUUCAACUUUGCGCGCGAUGAUCCCGAGGAGUACAGUAUCGUCGAGCGCAAGACGCUCAAGGCGCUCGGUGUCGACAAGUUCGAGUUCAAGCCGACCACGGAGCGCAGGCGCCUCGUGCCGAAACGGUUCGUGCAGCACAACAAGAUGCUAGAGGAGGAGAGGCAGCGGCUAGAGGCGCUCAAGCUGGAUAAGGAGGAGCUAGAGAAGGCGAAUGUGAAUGUGUCGAGCGUGUCGCAGCCUAUUGCGGUCGCCUAG